UGACAUACAGUCGUGAUGCCACAAUCUCGCGAGUUUAGGCUCGGGGCGUCGGGAUUUUGUGUCAGACAGGAGGAAAGGAGCUCGCAAUGAACAGCUGUACGGGAGGCUGGUUCAGGCAUUGAUCCAUAUUACAAUCACCGCAUAGCAGUAAUGGAAAAAAAAUCUUCAGUUCAAAAUUCCAGUGAUGACUCUGUGUCAACUGUAAAUAGUGAAGAUUUUGUCUUGGUUGAAGGCUCCUCAGACUCAGAGGACAAACCAGAGUUCAAGAUAAUGUCAAAUGGAGAUGAGCAGUUGGAAAAGGCAAUGGAAGAGAUCCUUCGAGAUUCUGAAAAGACACAGAACAGCAACAUGUUAAAAGAAACAAUUACUGAAGAAUUGUCUACUUUUCCAACAGCAAGUCAUUUCUCUGAUACUGGCACUAAAAAUGUCCCUCUGACAUUAAUACUAGAUCCCAAAAGCACAGAACUCCCUGUGCAAAGCACCACUGUUUUAUCCCACCCACCAGAGGAAGAAAGUGUUUCAUUUCACAAGCUUUGCUACUUAGGAUGCAUGAAAGUAUCUGCCCCACGCAAUGAAAUUGAGGCCCUUCGUGCCAUGGCUUCCAUGAAAGCUCAGUGCAUUGCACCUAUCACUGUCACACUCUAUGUACCAAAUAUACCAGAAGGAUCUGUCAGAAUUAUUGAUCAAACGAACAAAUCUGAAAUUGCUUCCUUCCCAAUCUACAAAGUGCUGUUCUGUGUGCGAGGGCGAGAUGGAACCUCAGAGUGCGACUGCUUUGCUUUCACUGAGAGGGACCUUGGCACUGAAGAAUUUCAAAUCCAUGUGUUUAGUUGUGAGAUAAAAGAAGCAGUAAGUCGAAUACUGUAUAGCUUUUUUACCGCAUUCAAACGUUCAUCCAGACAAGUGUCUGAUGUUAAAGACAGUGCCCUUCCUACCCCGGAUAGUGAUGUUUUUACCUUCAUGGUCUCAUUGGAAGUCAAGGAAGAUGACAGCAAGGGGAAUUUCAGUCCUGUUCCAAAAGAUCGAGAUAAACUGUUCUUUAAGCUGAAACAGGGAAUAGAGAAGAAAGUUGUGGUCACUAUCCAGCAGGUGUCCAACAAAGAAUUACUGGUGGAGAGAUGCUUUGGAAUGCUGCUGAGUCCAGGGAGGAAUGUAAAGAACAGCGACAUGCACUUACUUGAUAUGGAGUCCAUGGGGAAAAGCAGUGAUGGCAAAGCAUACGUGAUAACAGGAAUUUGGAACCCUAAUAUACAAGCCUUUCAAGCACUAAAUGAGGAAACUCCAAAAGAUAAACGUGUGUACAUGACCGUUGCAGUGGAUAUGGUGGUCACUGAAGUGGUAGAGCCAGUUCGGUUCCUGCUGGAAACAGUUGUGCGUGUUUACCCCACCAAUGAGCGUUUUUGGUACUUCAGCAGAAAAGCAUUCACAGAUACCUUUUACUUAAAACUUAAGCCGUCUGGAAACAGUGGCGUUACAGAUUCAAUGUAUGAAGUGGUCAGUUUGCAGCGACAGUCAGAGAUAGAGGAGGCUCCCACCAGCCCACUGAGUGCAAGUAACUUGUCAUCCCCUCAAGAAGAGGAUGAUCCAGAGGAAGAAAGUGAUACUGAACUCUGGAGUGGCACUGGGGAUGUUUCUAAAGAUUGUCCAGAGCAAAUUCUGGAUUGCUGGGGACAAUUACUUGUCAAAUGGCACAGCAAUCUAAGUGUGAAGCCCAAAGGACUUUCAUCACUUGUGAAAAGAGGUAUACCUGAGGCCUUGAGGGCAGAGGUGUGGCAGCUCCUAGCAGGCUGUCAUGAGAACCAGGAAAUGCUGGAUAAAUACAAGAUGCUCGUUGUAAAAGAUUCUGCCCAAGACAGUGUUAUCAGAAGAGACAUUCAUCGUACCUUUCCAGCUCAUGAUUACUUCAAGAACACUGAAGGAGAUGGACAAGAAUCUCUCUAUAAAAUGUGUAAGGUGUAUUCUUUAUAUGAUGAGGUAAUUGGCUACUGCCAAGGCAUGAGUUUCCUAGCCGCUGUGUUGCUCCUCCAUAUGCCUGAGGAGCAAGCUUUUUGCGUACUAGUCAAAAUUAUGUAUGAUUACCAAUUCCGUAACCUCUAUCAGAAUAAUUUUGAAGAUCUGCACUGCAAGUUCUACCAACUAGAGCGUCUGCUGCAGGAGCAGUUACCUGAUCUCUACUCCCACUUUGUUGCGCUGAAUUUGGAGGCUCACAUGUAUGCUUCUCAAUGGUUUCUAAGUUUGUUUACCGCCAAAUUUCCACUUUGCAUGGUUUUCCACAUUAUGGAUCUCCUGCUUUCAGAGGGUCUGAGUAUUAUCUUCCACGUGGCGCUGGCUCUCUUAAAGACAUCAAAGGAGGAUCUUCUCCAGGCUGACUUUGAAGGAGCCUUAAAGUUUUUCCGAGUUCAGUUGCCAAAACGUUACAGAGCAGAAGAAAAUGCACGCAGAUUAAUGGAACAGGCUUGCAAUAUUAAGGUGCCAACCAAGAAACUGAAGAAAUUUGAAAAGGAAUACCUGGCUAUGCGAGAGAGCCAGUUACAGCAGGAGGAUCCCAUAGAGCGUUACAAGAAAGAAAACAGGAGACUGCAGGAAACCAGCAUGAGACUAGAACAGGAAAAUGAUGACCUAGCACAUGAAUUAGUUACCAGCAAGAUUGCCCUGCGGAAUGACUUGGAUCAGGCUGAAGACAAAGCAGAGGUGCUGAACAAGGAGCUCCUCCUUACCAAGCAGAGACUCGUGGAGGCAGAAGAGGAAAAGCGCAAACAAGAAGAGGAAACAGCUCAGCUAAAGGAAAUUUUCCGAAAACAGCUGGAGAAAGCUGAGCAAGAAAUCAAGAAGACCACAGCUAUUAUAGCCGAAUAUAAACAGAUAUGUUCACAGCUAAGCACCCGCCUAGAGAAGCAGCAAACUGCAAACAGAGAAGAGCUAGAAAUUAUUAAGGCCAAAGUAAUGUCCUGCAGCCACUGCAGUGAGAUCUUCAGCAAGGAGGGGGUGCUAAAGACAUCUGGAAGCUGCAGAGAGAAGACAGGAGAUGGAGCAGAUGACGAGAAAGACUCCAUAAAAAAGCACCUUCGUGAGAUGGAACUGGAGUUGGCGCAGACCAAAUUACAACUUGUGGAGGCUAAAUGCAAAAUACAGGAGCUGGAACAUCAGCGUGGUGCUCUGCUCAGCGAGAUCCAAGCUGCUAAAAACUCAUGGUUUAGCAAAACUCUGAACUCUAUUAAAACUGCCACAGGGACACAGCCUACGACUGCACAGUCCCAGCAGGGAUCUCAAGGAUCGCAGGCAUCCAGCCCAGUGCUGCCGGUAGCUAAGGAGAGCACAUAGCACAAUGCAAGAGCACAGAACAAUAGCACAAGUGACCAAACAAAAUGCAGAUACUGCAGAAGAGGGACUCACAAAUCAGAUCCCUCCAAAGACACAGCAGGUGCUGCCAUUAAACCUUGCAAGUUGCUGAUGUCGCUUAAGGGAAAACCGUUGUUUUGGAGAGCUGCCACUUUUACACUUUAUUUCUUAAAAAUGUGUAUUAUUUUAAUAUAAGAGAGCUUUGUGUGGCUCCAGGUCGCAGGAAAAUACACAGCUUAUUCCAUGGGAAAUUGUUUAAUGUGUGUGUUUUGUAAGUAUAAAUCUAUUGAAGUAACUAUAAAAAUGUUUAUAGAAAUCCAUAUUUACGUACUGAAAGUUUUAACAUAUUGCUGCCUAUGAAAAUGCAAAAAGUUUUUAUUUCUACCCUCUCCCAUUUCCUUGCAGGGUUGUGUUGUAUGCAACCUGUUAAUCUUUUAUUUACCCACCGUAAGGGCAGAACUCCAUGCCUUUACCUGUGUCCAUCACUAGCACAUGCUGUCUACUUCAUACUGAUUCUCAGUUAUUUAUAAACAAAAUAAAUCUUAAUACUAUAAA